ACUCAUUUCAUUUGAAUCGGAAUUAUUUUCAACACAUUUUGCUGUCUCAUACAUUACAUUAUAUUAUCGGUAAGUAUAGAUGGCACCACAUCACUAUCAAAGAGCCGUAAAAAACAGACAACACACGGAACGUCAUUUUGGUCUAAAUGUUAUCACAACUUGACAUUGGCUAAUCUAUGUAAAUUGUAAAGCCAGAGGAAAAAAAAUGUUAUCAGUUAUCUUAUCACUGUUAUCAGCUGCUGUUUUGUUUAUCGGAUUCUUGUUUCAUGUUCCAAGCAUACCUACGUAUUUGCUUGAAUAUACCUAGGUACCUACUGUACAUAAAAGUGUUAUAAUUUUGCUUUUAAGUGUGAAGUAAAUGAUAUUAUUAAACCAUGGUUUCCCGUAAAAGAGUGUUUGACUUGUUGAGGACUAUUAAUAUUGCUUCCUACCAAAUAGGAAGAGAAAGUUAAUCUGAAACCAGUUGCCAGUGUCCAGCCCAUAGUCACAGAGGUAAUUUUCAUGUAACAAACUCAACAAUCUCCAAGGAUUAUGCGUUUGAGAUAAAAUGCACAACAGUGAGGUAUGGACUUGGAGUCACAAAGGAACUGGGACAAGACUUGGUCAAUCUUGGUACAAAGAAUGUCUGUGUGAUGACAGACCCUAAUGUAGUUUCCCUGAAACCUAUGAAAGCUGUACUGGACUCGCUGAUGAGAAAUGGAGUCAAUUAUAAAGUAUAUGAUAGAGUUAAAGUGGAACCUACUGACUCAAGUUUCAAAGAUGCCAUCCAGUUCGCCAAGGAAGGUCAAUUCGACGGUUUCGUCGCCAUCGGAGGCGGGUCAGUAAUGGACACCUGCAAGGCGGCUAACCUCUACUACUGCGACCCCAACGCAGAGUUCCUGGACUACGUGAACCAGCCCGUGGGCAAAGGGAAACCAGUCACAGUUCCUUUGAAGCCUUUAAUUGCAAUUCCCACAACAAGUGGUACCGGCAGCGAAACUACAGGAUUGAGUAUAUUCGACUUUGAAGAAAUCAGUGCAAAAACCGGCAUAUCCCACGCAGCGCUACGUCCAACACUAGCUUUAUUAGACCCCCUACACACACUCACAGUGCCUCGAAAUGUCGCAAUAUAUUCCGGAUUCGACGUAUUCUGCCACGCGCUCGAAAGUUUUACGGCAAUUCCGUAUACGGAAAGAGGGCCAGCACCAGAAAAUCCGGCGCUGCGACCAGUUUAUCAAGGAAGCAAUCCGAUAUCUGAUGUUUGGGCUCGAUUCUGUUUGCAGACGCUACGCAAAUACUUCUCCCGUUCAGUACAUAACCCUGACGACAUAGAGGCUCGGUCGAGCAUGCACCUCGCGGCCACGAUGGCCGGCGUGGGCAUCGGCAACGCGGGCGUGCACCUCUGCCACGGCCUCGCGUAUCCCAUCGCUGGGAACGUGAAGACAUUUGUACCGGAGGAUUAUGGCUCCGAUCCAAUCAUACCCCACGGCCUAGCGGUAACGUUAACGGCUCCAGCAGUGUUCCGCUUUACCGCCGCCAGCGAUCCCGAUAAACACCUCGAAGCAGCUCAACUCCUGGGCGAAGAUGUCUCCACGAAGAAACGGAGCGACGCUGGCAAAGCAUUAUCAGAAGUCAUAUUGAAGUAUAUGGACCUUAUGAAUAUUGAAAAUGGAUUAGGAGCCCUAGGAUAUACUGUUGAAGAUAUACCUAAUUUGGUCAAAGGAGCUUUGCCACAGCAUCGUCUGCUAAAAUUAACUCCGGUACCACAAACUGAAGAGGACUUAUCAAAACUGUUAAAAGACUCUCUGGCCAUAUACUAAUUAUUGUGUUAUUUAUUAUUGUAAAUUAAAAUGGAUAUUAUGUUAUACUCUUGUUGUUACCAAUAAAAGAACAUAACAAAUUGUUGUUUAAUUUUUAUUAAUUUUAAGUACAUAAAAUAAUACCUAUUAACUAAUUUGUAUAAUAUAUAAUUAUGUAUAUCUUACAUUAAUUUGUUGUAAUUUGACUUCCAUUUGUUACUUUCCUCUCUAUAAUUAAUUAUAAAACAA